CAGGUCAGAACUGAUUGAGAAUGAACUGAUAAGAACUGAUUAUCGAGUUUGUAUUAAAGAAGAUGUCAACUCAAGUGCAGAAUUGCCAUGUCCCGAGGGGGAAAUAAAAUUUGUUUGUCAAAGCUCGGGUAGAUUUUUAAUAUGGCCUUCUCAUUUGGUUUUUCCGUUAAAGAAGGCUGCUGAUAAACAAAUAACAAAGGAAUUCACCGCGCCAUCUCCACGCUCGCCAUCAUCACAAUCAUCAUGCACUCGAAAGUAUACGAUCACUCCAACUGAUAGGUUAAAGUUGACUUCUAAUUUGGUUAAAGUUUUCAAGGAUGUAGCUAUUGGAAUGAAAAAGAGCGGAAAAACCAAAUCCUUCACGAUCCCGGCUAGAGUGUUCCUAAAUGAGCAAUGUGUUAGCCUUGAUUAUGAAGACAUGCUUGAUUGGUGCUUUCAAAGAGAGAUAAGAUCAUCUCACAUGUUGAUUUUAAUGAUGCAUCUGAGUGAGAUGGUUCUCAAAGAUGGCAUCUCUGGGCUAUAUAGAUUUUGUGAUUGCACCUAUCUAUCCCCGCUAAGACGUGUGGAAAAAGAAGACGAUCGAUGUGACUAUUUAUAUAGGGUAUUUGCGUGCAAUGAUGGCAAAAAUAAAUAUCAACUAUUCUUCUUGCCCUAUAUAGAAGAUCGGGAUUGGAUGUUGGUUGUUAUUUGUCCAUGGAUUGCAUUGGUUCAGUGGUUAGAUCCACUUGGAGCACAAAAUGAACCUCCCGAAUUUGCUCAAACAAUAAUCAACAGGCAAUCAUCAAAUUUAGCGCGGAUUACCGAAAGGAUAUCCCAAAAACAAAGAAGAACCCUUUCAUUAAGUGGCAAAAAAUUGAGUGCCCUCGCCAACCUCCAGGCUUCAAGGAAAGUGGAUAUUAUGUUGGUCGCUACAUGAUUGAAACAAUAGAGUUGAGACAAAUGUUCAUUCCUG